GGCAAUGCAUUUAACUAACUACAGAAAUUUUAAUUAAUUAAUUACUCUAUUAAACUAUAAUCUUGUUGGUGAAAAUUUCAUUCCAAUGUUGUAAUUUCCUCCCAAUUUUAGAUUGAAAAAAAUAAAAAAAAUACAUCUAACUAGAAAAAAAUACUCAAUGAAAGAGGAAAAGAAAAGUCAUAACAAAACGACAAGCAUCACAACUUCGCUGUGUUGUGCCCAGUUUUUGUUCAUCCGUUCGAGACGGUUUCCUUUGUAUACUGCCAACUUGCAAUCAAUUUCAACAGAAGGGGGCAAUUCCAUCACCUUUUUAUUCAUAUGGGUUAGAUCUGAAUUCACCUUUAGCUCCUUUUUUGUGCCUAUUAAGUGCUCCUACAAAAAAAAAAAAAGGAAGAUACAAAAAAGACACUGUUUUUUGAGUAAAGAUUCAAACUUUCUGCUUCUAUGGAGGCUUACAAGACAUGGGUUCGAAGGAAUCGUGACUAUGUUCGGCAACUGAGUUCUCUAGCCAGUGGAAUGACAUGGCUUCUUCCAGAGCGGUUUGCUGCAUCUGAAAUCGGGCCAGAAGCAGUCUCCUCGGUCCUUGGAAUGGUUACCACAGUAAAUGAGCACAUUAUAGAGACAACUCCAACUUCGGUGCAUACAAGUUCUGCAGAGACUUCUUUUCUUCCUUUGUCAUUGUGCCUUACCUUGUUGAGAGACUUGGAAACAUUAGUUGAAGUAGUAGCUGAGCAGCUUUAUGGCGAAGACAAAAAAUGGAAUUUGAUUGUUCUUACAGAGGCUGCCAAGGUGUGCGUGAGGCUAGCUGUUUUCAAAACUACAGGAUAUAAAAUGCUUUUGCUAGGUGGGGAGACUGAGAACUUGGAAAAUUCAGAUGAUUUGAGUCCCCAAGAAAGCAUGGGGCACUCAAGGAAGCCUAUCCAAAAUCAAGGAUUGGGUGCCAAUCACCAUCAGGGUUUGAACUCGUGGAAUCUUGAGGGUAGGGCGAUGUCCGCCUUAAGUAGCUUUGGUCAGAAUGCUAGGACGAUUUCUGAGCCGACUUGGCUGCGUAGGGUUCAACAGCAUCAAGCACAUUUGGAACCUCCAACUAAGGUAAUCAGAAAUCAGAGUCUGUCAACCUUCUUAUUCGAGAAGGGUAUUCGUGGAGGAUUAUUUGUGACUGGGGAGAGUAUGUUUGUCCUCAGACCUCUUAUUUAUGUCUUGCUGUUAAGGAAGUAUGGAACACGGUCGUGGUUUCCUUGGUUCAUCUCCUUGGCUGUGGACCUCAUAGGAAACGGCAUUCUCUCAGCCAUAACAAUGUCCCAAGAUGGCAGGAAAGAUCAGCAUUUUCAAUUUUCUAAAUCUGAGAAGGACGAGUUAAAAAGAAGGAAGCUGCUAUGGGUGCUUUACCUCAUGCGAGAUCCAUUUUUCUCCAAAUACACCCGGCGAAGACUUGAAAGCACUCAAAAGAUCGUAGAACCUGUUCCUUUAGUUGGAUUUUUCGCAGAAAAACUUAUUGAACUCCUUAUUGGAGCCCAGACUAGAUACACCUAUAUGUCUGGUUCUUGAAAGGAAGCCACUGAAUGUGACAGCAUUCUUGUUAUUUGACAAUGGCGAAAAAACUUUUUCUCCUUUUUCAGUUGUAGUAUUUUAGUAUCAUAAUCAAGGAAAGGUGUAGUGUUUUGACGUUAGAAUUAAGAAAGUUGUAUAAUUUUGUUUUUAUCCAUCAGUGCAUCGAGUUUCAAUGCAUCAGAUAUAGCAGUAAUCAAAACCUAUUGCUGGCUAUCUGUUUAGUAAGAACUGAAUUAUGUAGGUGAAAAGUCUGAAGAAUAUGUAUACUAUCAUUAGUAACUUGCAUUAUUUUUCAGUUAAAUUUCAUUCAUUAUA